AUGAGGUACCUAAAGGGUACUACUAAACUAAUGUACCAACAACUACCAGACAGUGAAGCAGAGCUGAUUGGUUAUGUAGACUCAGAUUAUGCCGGAGAUCUAGACAAGAGGAGGUCAUUAUCAGAAUAUAUCUUCCUAUUUGAAAGGUGUGUCCUAAGCUGGAAGGCUACCUUACAAUCAGUAGUAGCCCUUUCUUCUACUAAAGCAGAGUUCAUAGCACUAUCAGAAGCAGUGAAGGAAGGCCUAUGGCUAAAGGGUCUCCUAAGUGACUUCGGAAUUAAACAGAACACAAUAAAGUUCUUUUGUGAUAAUCAGAGUACAAUUCAUUUGUCAAAGCAUCCUUAG